AUGCUUAGAGCUUUUAGAUCAUCUACUUUGAGACAGGUCUCAAAGAGAUUCAAUUCUACUUCUGUUGCUGCAACCUAUUUCCCACAAGAACCAACUGGUCCAGUUUUCCAAACUGAAUCAAUCCCUGGUCCAAAAUCCCAAGAAUUAAAUAAAGAAUUGGGUGAAGUUUAUGACAAUCAUGCUACUUAUUUUGUCGUUGAUUAUUUCAAAUCAUUAGGUAAUUAUAUUAGUGAUGCUGAUGGCAAUAAAUUAUUGGAUGUUUAUUGUCAAAUUUCUUCAAUUGCUUUGGGUUAUAAUAAUCCUGAAUUGAUUAAAGUUGCUAAAUCUGAAGAAAUGAUUAAUUCAAUUGUUAAUCGUCCUGCAUUGGCAUGUUUCCCUUCUACUAAUUAUAAAACCAUUCUUGAAGAUGGUUUAUUAGCUGCUGCUCCUCCAGGUAUGGAUAGAAUUUGGACAGCUUUAAGUGGUUCAGAUGCCAAUGAAACUGCUUAUAAAGCCGCUUUCAUGUAUCAACAUGCUAAAUUAAGAGGUGAUAAACCAUUUACUCAAGAAGAAUUGACUUCUUCAAUGGAAAAUAAAUUACCUGGUGCUUCGGAUAUGAGCAUUUUAUCAUUUGAUAAAGGAUUCCAUGGUAGAUUAUUUGGUUCUUUAUCAACUACUAGAUCAAAAGCUAUUCAUAAAUUAGAUAUCCCUGCUUUCCCAUGGCCAAAAGCCCCAUUCCCAAAAUUGAAAUAUCCAUUAUCUGAAUUUGAAACUGAAAAUAGAGAAGAAGAACAAGGUUGUUUAUAUGAAUUAGAAUCAAUUAUUGAAAAUUCUCCAUCUAAAAUUGCUGCCGUUAUUGUUGAACCAGUUCAAUCUGAAGGUGGUGAUAAUCAUGCUACAUCCUUUUUCUUCCAAGGUGUUAGAGAUAUUACUAAAAAACAUGGAAUUUUAUUUAUUGUUGAUGAAGUUCAAACUGGUGUUGGUGCAUCAGGUAAAAUGUGGGCUCAUGAACAUUGGAAUUUAUCAACUCCUCCAGAUAUGGUCACGUUUUCUAAGAAGUUCCAAGCUGCUGGAUUUUAUUUCAGUAAUCCUGAUUUACAACCUAAAUUACCUUAUAGACAAUUUAACACUUGGUGUGGUGAUCCAUCUAAAGCAAUUUUGGCCAAGGGUAUUUAUCAAGAAAUUGUUAAACAUAACUUGGUUGAAAAAACUGCUAAAUUAGGUGAUUACUUAUACAAGAAUUUGAAUGAUAUUUUCUCCAAAUUCCCACAAAAAGUUUCCAAUUUAAGAGGUGAAAAUUUCGGUACUUUUAUUGCAUGGGAUUGUCAAGAUGUUGAUCUUAGAAAUAAAAUCUUGUUGGCCUGUAGAGAACGUGGAGUCAAUUUGGGUGGUUGUGGUGAUUACUCAAUUAGAUUAAGACCUACUUUGGUAUUUGAAAAGAAACAUGCCGAUAUUUUCUUGAAUAUUUUAGAAGAUGUUUUAUCAAAAGUUUGA